AUGAAUCUGAGUCUCCUGUCCGUCCUCUCCGUCCUCGUCCAGCUGUGUCUGUCGGUGGAUCCCUGUCCAGCAGAGUGCCGGUGUGACUGGGACGUCCUCAGUGUGUCCUGUGUGGGAGCUGAGCUGUGGCCUGGUUUCCACUCCAGCACACAGGAGGUAUACAUCUCUGAGGACGAUUCUUUAAGACGCCUUGAGAGACAUUCUUUCCACAACCUGUCCAGACUCACACACAUACAACUAACUGGCAUCAGAACUCUGUCGUUCAUCCACCAGGAGGCGUUUAAGAAUCUUCCCAAUCUAACGUACCUUGGGAUUAGUAACACAGGCCUCACCUCGUUUCCUACACUUCAUCAUAUUCAGUCCUGUCAAGAGGAUUUUAUUCUGGAGAUAGUGGAGAACAUGUUCAUACAAACCAUUCCUGCUAAUUCCUUCACUGGGAUCAGUGACAACGCUCUGACCGUCCUGUUGAACAGUAACGGAGUGAAGGAGAUCCAGAGCUACGCCUUCAACGGGAGCAGGCUGGAGGAAGUGUACCUUCACAGGAAUGUGGAUUUGGAACAAAUCGAUGAAUUUGCCUUUUACGGUGUCAUUCACGGCCCAACUCACCUGGACCUUUCAGAAACCCAGGUUCGCUCUCUGCCUUCGAGAGGCCUGCAGACCAUUGAAAAGCUCCGGGCUGAGAACACUUGGGCUCUUAAAGUGCUGCCCCCCCCCAGCGUCUUUCUGCAUCUGCAGAGCGCCGAGCUGACUUUCCCCAGCCACUGCUGCGGCCUGCAACUGCUGAAGAGAUGGAGGGGGCACACGGAGGCGGUCUUCUGUAACCUGAGCCGCGGCGCUCUCGAGAAGCUGCAGGAGUCCUCAGCAGCUCUGCCUCAGGACCUUCUGGGUCAUUACUACGACGCCCCCACGUGUGCCACCGCCCCUCCUCAAGCCGACGGCGUGUUCUACGUGGAGUUAGCGACGCAGCGCCUCACGGACGGGUUCGACUUCUCGCUGUGUAACGAGCUUCACGCAGAGGUUGGCGGCCCCCUGUGCACGCCCCUGCCCGACGCCCUGAACCCCUGUGAGGACGUGAUGAGCCAGGGGUUCCUCAGGGUGCUGGUGUGGCUGGUCAGUCUUUUGGCCAUUUCAGCGAACCUCCUGGUGAUCUUCAUCCUGCUGAGCAGCCGACAGAAGCUGUCCGUCACCCGUUUCCUCAUGGGUCACCUGGCGUUCGCAGACUUCUGUAUGGGGACGUACCUGCUGCUCAUCGCCUCCGUCGACCUCUACACUCACUCCCAUUACUACCACUAUGCUAUCGCCUGGCAAACAGGAAGUGGCUGUAACCUAGCAGGGGCGUUAUCCUUGUUUGCCAGUGAGCUGUCCGUGUACACGUUAACUUUAAUCAGCCUUCAGCGCUGGCACGCCAUCUUCUUCGCCAUGAGGCCAGACAGGAGGAUGAGGCUGCGCCACGCGGCCGUCCUGAUGCUCGCCGGCUGGUUGCUGUGCGUGAUCCUCGCUCUGCUUCCUCUCGUGGGCGUGAGCAGUUACCAGAGGGUGAGCAUCUGUUUACCGAUGGACACGGAGACGCUGGCUGCUCAGGCCUACGUGGUCUCCGUCCUGAUGAUUAACGUCUCAGCGUUUGUGGUGGUCUGCUUGUGUUACCUCCACAUCUACUGCAUGGUGCACAACCCCCAGCACCAGUCCAGCAGGUGCGACACCAGCAUGGCCAAACGCAUGGCCGUCCUCAUCUUCACCAGCUUCCUGUGUCUGGCUCCCAUUUGCUUUUACGGUUUGUCUGCAGCUUUCCAGCGACCACUGAUGACCGUCACCGAUUCCAAGGUGCUGCUGGUUCUUUUCUACCCUCUCAACUCUUGUGCUCACCCGUUUUUAUACGUUAUCCUGACAAAAGCCUUUCACCGAGACAUCCUGGUGCUGCUGAGCCGGGUGGGACUGUGUCAGUGGAGAGCACAUCUCUACUGAGGAGUCCCCCCCCACGUCCCAGAACAAGGGUUCAGGACUCACCAGGCUGCCAGACCCUGCCUGUCCAUGGGAUCACUCUUUUCAUGUGGUUGUAGAUUUGAGGAGCAACAUUUUCUCUCCUAUAUAAAGGAAACUUUAAAUGUCAUUAAUCUCCAUCAUUGGAUUCCUGUCGUCAAGUUGAACCGAACCCUCUGUUGCUUAUCAGGAAACUUUGAGUUCAAGAGUAAAGCUGAGCUGUAGAUCAGAGAGCAAGACCUAGAGGGCGCUGUCCCUCAGUUAGUGACAUAGUGUUGCAGGUGAACACAAAGCAUCACUAACACUUCCUGUCAGUAGCACUUCCUGUCACUAACACUUCCUGUCAGUAGCACUUCCUGUCACUAACACUUCCUGUCAGUAAUGCUUACUGUCACUAACACUUCCUGUCAGUAGCACUUACUGUCAGUAGCACUUCCUGUCACUAACAUUUCCUGUCAGUAAUGCUUCCUGUCAGUAGCACAAAAAAAACUAACAACUCUUUGAAACUAACACUUUUAGUAGCACUUAAAUGGCACUUACUUAUAGCACUUUGUAGUUUUGUUUUAUUUUGAAGAAAUUGUACUUCUUGAUUCUUGUUGUUCUGGGUCUGUACCCUCGGGGUCAAUGCACUUAUUGUGAGUCGCUUUGGAUAAAAGCGUCAGCUAAAUGAAAUGUAAUGUAAUACACUUCCUGUCAGUAACACUUCCUGUCAGUAAUGCUUCCUGUCAGUAACACUUCCUGUCAGUAACGCUUCCUGUCGGUAACGCUUCCUGUCGGUAACACUUCCUGUCGGUAACGCUUCCUGUCAGUAACACUUCCUGUCAAUAGUACUUAUUGUCAGUAACACUUCCUGUCAGUAGCACUUCCUGUCAGUAACACUUCCUGUCAGUAACACUUCCUGUCACUAACACUUCCUGUCAAUAGUACUUAUUGUCAGUAACACUUCCUUUCAGUAACACUUCCUGUCAGUAGUACUUAUUGUCAGUAACACUUGCUGUCAGUAACACUUGCUGUAAGUAACACUUGCUGUCACUUGCUGUCAGUAACACUUGCUGUCAGUAACACUACCUGUCAGUAACACUUGCUGUCAGUAACACUUGCUGUCACUUCCUGUCAGUAACACUUCCUGUCAGUAACACUUGCUGUCAGUAACACUUGCUGUCAGUAACACUUCCUGUCAGUAACACUUCCUGUCAGUAACACUUCCUGUCAGUAACACUUGCUGUCACUUGCUGUCAGUAACACUUCCUGUCAGUAACACUUGCUGUCACUACCUGUCAGCUACACUUCCUGUCAGUAACACUUCCUGUCAGUAACACUUGCUGUCAGUAACACUUCCUGUCAGUAACACUUGCUGUCACUUCCUGUCAGUAACACUUGCUGUCAGUAACACUUGCUGUCACUUCCUGUCAGUAACACUUGCUGUCAGUAACACUACCUGUCAGUAACACUUCCUGUCAGCUACACUUCCUCCUUGUCGUCGUUCAGGAUGUUGUGUUACUAACCAAUCAGAGGACACGAUGUGUUUGUGUACUGAUCAGGAACAGGAGACCCGUGUGGACUAAGGUCAUAUCAGCUCUAAACAGAAGAUGUGUUAGUACACAGUGUG